GUUUUGUCCGCUGAGCCCAUUUAGAGCUGAUUCCCGAUGUCGCAGACAUUGAGGAAGGGUGCAUGGAAACCAGAUGCUGCAUCGGUGGCGGUGCUUGGAGCAUUGGCCACCGUGACCACCGUCUCGGGGAUCAGAGCCAGACAUGACUUAAGCUUCGCGGCCCCAGAGCGCAGCGUUGUCACGUCCCGGUCGCACCUUCCGGCGGCUUCCGUUACGAGCGUGGCCUCGCGUGGGCUCUCCGAGUCUGUGCCGACCCUCGCCGCGGCCGCAGCCUUCGCGGGUGCAGCGGCGGUGUUUGGCGCCAGACCGCGAGGUGCCCGCAGUUCGGCCACCGCGCUACGCGCACGUGGAGGGGAUGAGGACUACUAUCAGACCUUGGGCGUCAGCCGAAGUGCCUCUGAGAGGGACCUGAAGACAGCCUUCCGCAAGUUAGCCCGCCAGUGGCACCCCGAUGUGAACAAGGAGCCCGGGGCGCAAGAGAAGUUCCAAUCCAUUGCCAAAGCCUAUGAGGUCCUUUCGGACCCUCAAAAACGGCAGAUGUACGACCAGUUUGGAGAAGCUGGUGUCAAUGGCAUGGGUGGCGGUAUGGGCGGCAUGGGCGGCAUGGGUGGUAUGGGACUCGAGGAGCUGUUGAAUCAAGUGUUUGGCGGCAUGGGCGGCAUGGGUGGCAUGGGUGGCAUGGGCGGCAUGGGUGGCCGACAGAGAAGGCAAUCAGGGCCGCAGAAGGGCGCAGAUUUGCAGUUGGAGGUCAAGAUCCCUUUCCUGACGGCCUGCUUCGGGGGCGAGGAGAAAGUGACCAUCCGCAGGGAAGAGAUUUGUGAUACAUGCGAGGGCAGUGGCACCAAGCCUGGUGCAGGCCCAUCCACGUGCCGGAAGUGCAAUGGCACCGGCACAGUUCUGCAGGUGAUGCAAACGCCAUUCGGCGUCAUGCAGACGCAGCAGAUCUGCCCGGCCUGUAACGGCGAUGGCAUCGAUCCCUCAUCUCUCUGCACCUCCUGCCGAGGGAAGGGCACCAAGCCCAAUCAGCAGACAGUGACGGUGAAGGUGCCAGCGGGCUGCAACAAUGGAAAUCAAUUGCGCCUGCGAGGGGAGGGAGACAAAGGACCCAAAAAGGGCCCUGCCGGGGACUUGUACAUUGGCGUCAAAGUGACGCCCUCUUCUGACUUCCAGCGGGAAGAUUUCGACAUCUACACCGAGAGCGAGAUCUCGGUCUUCGACUCUAUCCUUGGCACCUCCAUCAAGGUGAAGACCAUCGAUGGCGAUGCUGACAUCAAAGUCCCUGCAGGCACCCAACCAGAGACGCGUCUCCGCAUCCGUGGCCGGGGCGUGCCCAAAUUGGGGAAGCCCACGGAGCGAGGUGAUCAUUACAUCACCAUUAAGGUCAACGUCCCACGCGCAGGUACCCUUUCGAAAGAGGAUCUGGCAAAGGUCAGUGAGCUACGUGAUGCCAACCCUUAGUCACGGCAGGAUGCUGACCCAAACCUUGGUCUAAAGACCUAGGUAAACAUGUAAACCUUA